AUGCACGAGGCCAACGACCGAGAGGUUCUCCGAUGGCUUACGCAAGAGGACCCUUAUACAAAACAACAUCAGGUGGCAUCGAAACGGUCUGCUGGUACCGGUAGAUGGUUUCUAGAUUCGCCCAAAUUCAAGCGAUGGUUGGCCGAUGAGAAGCAGACUUUGUUCUGCCCUGGUCUUCCAGGCUCAGGAAAGACUGUCAUCACUUCCAUGGUUGUAGAUACACUCGACGAUACGUUUCAGGCCGACUUCACCAUUGGUAUCGCGUUUUAUUAUUGCAGUUUUCAGAGAGAUUAUCAACAGCUAGAAGAGCUCCUUAGAAGUCUUUUACUCCAACUGGGAUGCCGCAUGCCCUCACUACCAAACGCUUUGCUAGACCUUUACCAAAACCAUGGGGCUAGAUCAACACGCCCCUCAGUUGCAGAGCUUUUUGACGUUCUGGCUUCCAUCGUCGCUGCUAUGUCGAAGGUUUACAUUGUCAUUGAUGCACUGGAUGAGAUGUCUAGUUCCCAUCGACGUGAGCUCCUCUUAGGACUCUUCACGCUUCAAAACAAUUCUUCGGCCAACCUGUUUGCAACUUCACGCUUUAUUCCCAACAUCGUCAGCAGAUUCAAGGGAACCCCGUCCCUGGAAAUUGGUGGUACGGAUACAGAGAGUGAUCUGAUUCAAUACAUGGACCAGCGUAUACGCAAGCUACCCGCAUUUGUUCAGCAAAGUCCAGAGCUUCAGGACAAGAUCAAGACAUCAGUCCUUAAGGCAUCAAAUGGAAUGUUCUUACCUGCGAGGCUGCAAUUCGAAGAGCUUGCAAGCAAAAGGACUCUGACGGCAUUAAAUGCCGCGAUAACAUCAGUACCCGAGGCAUUGGACGAACUUUACAGGAAGAUUAUGAGAAGAAUUGAGAACCUGCCCCAAGAGGAAAGGCACCUUGCGAAAAAGGCUCUAUCAUGGCUCACCCUCGCAGAAAGACCCCUGAAAGAAGCCGAGCUUCGACAUGCACUUGGAGUAGAAGAGGGCUCAUCUACAUUUGAUGUUAAAAAGGUUCCAGAAACCGAAGAUAUCGUUACCCUGUGUGAGGGCUUCGUCACGUAUGGAGAGACUGACGAAACCUUGGGUUUACUCCACAUGUCAGUCUAUGAUUAUCUCCAGGCAUCCAUGCAUGAGUGGGGUCCAGAUGCUAGAGCAACCGUCGCGACAGGUUGUAUAACCUACCUUGCCUUUAACAUCUUCCAUGCUGGCUUCUGCAAAAGCGAUGAAGAGUUCGAGUCAAGGCUACGAAACUUCCCUCUAUACCACUACGCUGCUCGGCAUUGGGGCAAUCAUCUUCAUGGGAUAUCACCUCUGCCAAAAAACGAAAUCUGCUCCUUUCUGAUGGACCAAGAUAAGGUGGAUUCUGCUAGUCAGGCAAUGCUGGUUUCUGAAGAUAAUUCGUUGCAGCGGAACUAUAGCCAAGGAGUAGCAAAGCAAGUGACUGGGCUUCACCUUGCGGCAUAUUUUGGGCUGGAACUUGUAAUAGAAUUGCUAGUUGCGGAAGGUCAAAGCCCAGCUUCAAAGGAUUCAGAUGGUCGGACCCCAUUGUGGCGUGCCACAGAAGAAAACCAUGUGGAAGCAAUGCGACUGCUAAGUCCCAUGGAUCGAACGACAUUUAUCAUGAUGUUAGCAAGGGGAGAGAAAGCUCUCACCGGCUCACUACUCCAGGCUGCAGGUCCAAGCAUCAGGGAUUUGCGGUUGAGGACGGCCUUACAUAUUGGUGUACUUCACAGCGAUACAGACAUAAUGGAGCAGGCACUCCGGUGCGGAGGAGACAUCAAUGCUAAGGAUGGAGAUGGAAAUGCUCCGAUCCAGCUGGCUUUGCAAGAAAAGAAAACUCAAGCCGUAGACUGGCUGCUUAAUAAGGGUGCUCAGGCUGCGGACAUCACCACUGAGAACUGGUUACAAGGUUACGGAAAACAGAAAUCGGCCAUCGUGAAGCUUUCUGGUGAUAAAUCGGGGCCAAAGGAAGUAACCUUUCUUACACUAGAGCAGUUCACAACAGAGAUCACACUCUAUCCUAACGAACAGAAACGGUUGUUGUAA